ACAAGGCACUUCUCAGCAAUUCAAAGAGUUGUCCACAGGACGUGCAGAGAUUUAUAGAUGCUCGGAAAGAAGCCCAGGAGAGGAUUCGAAGCACAUGCCAUCAAAAUGCUAUGAAUAACUCACCAACUUUAUCUACUUUAGAGCAGAAUGUUAGUAAUGGACUAUUUUAUCUCACAAAAGUUAUUACAAAGUAUGUGCUCACAACUAACUCUGGAGACAUGUGGGCAAAAGACAGAUUACUUAUGACUUCAUAGCUUGCCCCAAAUUGGUGGCUGAAUUUGUUAUUUAACACUUCUAUGUAUAGACAUUAGAACAAAGAUAUAUGUUCAAUUAAUCAUUACACACACAUAUUUUUGUAAAGGUAUGUAAUGUGCUUUUUUCAGCAAUCUGACAUUGACCACUGGGCUGUUGUAUGGUUCUGGGAAUAUCUAUUAAUCCACAACACAGUUGAGAAAGUAAAAAAAAAAAAAAAAGAAAAGCAAACAUGAUACAUGUAAGUAUAAAUUAGCACAAUAAAAUAUAAUGUAGUUUGAUUUAAUUGUAUUUAAUUCAGAAAAAUUUUUUGCUUAUUGUUAUAUAAUCACAAUUUCCAUACUAUUUCAUUAUUGUUUUAACGAAAUGUGCACUUAUAUUCUCUGUCAUAAAUACUAUUAACCAAACAAAAACAGAAAAGACUCAUGCAGAUCCUCCAGUAUAACUAUACAAGUGCACACCAGAGGGCACCAGGUACCAUUCGAAAAUGUAUUAACUUUCUAAUAAGGUCGCAAAAAUCAAAAUCAGUAGAUGUCUCAAUAUAAAAAGAUAAAAUAGAAUAAAAAGAUCAUUGUACAGUAUAUCAAUCAGCCAGACACUCACAAAAUAGAAAUGUACAUGUAAAACAAUGUGCAAAAAGUGCUUUGCCAGUGCAGGUCAAAAGUCCCAACACACAGUCUGCCACCCCUGGAACGAAGUGUAUCCUUGCAAAUCCUAUGGUCGUGUCUCUGGGUUUUUCUUCAGUGCAGUCCUUACAUGUCAAUGCCAAAUGGUGCACAUGGCAAAGAAAUGGAGUGCAAUAUAGACUUAAAUACUCAACAUAUUUUAUUUAGACCAAAUGCAGAUGUCCUCUGGAGAUAAAUUUAAUGGAAACUGCAAUGGUUUGAAUACCCUAAAAUACUCUAAUAUAUUUGCAAUAGUAUAAUCUUUAGAUAUUGAGAUACACAAUGUCCCACUCAAACAAGCACAUGAUCUAUGAGGAUUUCAGUUAGGAUAUAUAUCUUGACCGAGGACACUUGCUGGUAAGGUUAUCUGAUCACUGUUCUAGCCAUCUAACAACUAUAUCUAUAUUUAUGUGUGUGUAGCUUUUGAACAUGUGUGAAUGGUUUAUUUUAUGUACUUUGGUGUAAUACACAAUAUUUGGCAAAUAUGUAACAGGUUUGAAUACUUAUUUUGUCUGCUUUAUCAAGAUACAUUAAAAAAAAAAAAAAAAAGCUUGCAUGGAUUGUAGUGAAAACCUGGAUGUAUAAAAAUUAGUUAUCUGUGAAAUUUGAUUUAUUUAUUUAUUUUUUGAUUGGUUUUGUUUUCUCCUCUCCUGGUGUGUGUGUAUAUAAUAUAUAUAUAUAUACAUAUAUAUAUAUAUAUAUAUAUACAUACACACACACACAUACAUAUUCAUACACACACACACACACACACACUUUAUAUAUGUAAAGCAGAAGAGAGUAAUAAAGCGUUAACUGCUGAGGUUCGGGAAAGAACCUGAUUUAUUGCGUAGACAAUAACAAACCUUUGAUACUCCGGGCCAUAAUGAGGAGGAAACAUGGAUGACCCGGGCUGUUAAAGGCCCAAGAAGAAUGUUUCAAGUUCUUCAAAUGUGUUUUUAUGUGUGUAUGUAUACUUGUUAGUUUUUUGCUCAUGGACGGAAAUAGGGAAGAAGGGAGGAAACAACACUUUAACAGGAUAAAAUUUAUUUCUAUUAGUAUCCAGGGUCUAAAUUCUAAAUUGACAGCCACUUUUCCAAAAUCAUAGUGUCUUCCACAGGAUUAAGAAAAAUAAAGGGAUAGCAAUAUUUAUCUCUAACACUCUAAGUUUGGAAAUAAUACAUCAAGAAUGUGACCCAUAAGCGGGAUUCAUAAUAUUGAUUUGUAGGAUAGAGGGGAAGCUUUACACCAUGAUUAAUAUUUAUGCACCUAAUGCAAGUCUGGUCUUUUUUGUUAAGAAAAUGUUGGGAAAAAUUUAAACAAUCUAUAAAAGAGCGGUUAUUCUAGCAGGUGAUAUUAAUGCUAAUAUGGACAUUGAGAUCGAUUAGAUAAAAUAGUAAACCAAAAAUUGAGAAAAGCAACACAUUCUUUAGAACUGCUAGCAAAAAAAUAAAAUUUUAUGAUUUAUAUAGAAUUAGAAAUCCACAUGCAAGAGAUUGUACACAUUUCUCCCCUGUGCAUUAUUCAUAUGCAAGGAUAGAUAUGAUGUGGACUGAUUUUUCAUUUUUACCGAUAAUUAAAAAAGAGUUUUAUUAAAGAAACCAUAUGGUCUGACCACAAUGCAGUAGCUUGGUUGAUUAGGAUGGGAAGGAAUAUAAUAUAAACAGACAAUAGAGAUUAAAUGAGAAACUCCUAAUAAAAGAAGAAAAUCUAGCAUAUACUGGAUAUAGAAGAUGACAGAAUUAUAUUUCAAUUAAAAAUUUUAGUUAAAUCCAGAGCAGUUCUAUGGUGCACUUAUAAAAGUGUGUGCAAAGGGUAUUUAAUAAAAAUUGGAGCAACAGCAAAUAAACAAAGAGGGGAAGAUAUUAAUUUGUUAUAUAUUAAAUUUUAAAAUAUAAAAAAGAAAAUAUCUUAAAUACUGUACCUAAUAGAACUAAUGAUAUAUUUAAUCUCCAAAAAAAGAAUACUUAAAUGACUUCUUAUGCGUCAGUCAGGGGACUCAGGGAGGUGUGUUCGGCUCCUGUUCUCAGCGCAAGCCGUGACGAGGAUCUUUCGGGGUCCCUUUGGCCUGACAAUCUGCUUGAGUUUUCUCAGGAUCGAGAUUGACUUGGUGGCACAGGAAGGUCAUCUCACAGCGGAUAAGGUGGAGGAUCUGCACACUCAGGUGGCGGCAGCGUUAGCUAUGUAGAAGAUACAGUUGAAUCAGCUGCUGGGUAAGCUUAACCCAUAAGCAGGGUGUUUUACUGCCACCUGGCUGCCACUACAUCCAGCAUUUCCAGACCUCACCACUUUGUCCGCUUGAUGCACCCCUUAAAAGGAGGAUCUGGUCAUCUGGGAUUCCUUCUUUGUGAGGUUUAAUGGCCGGUUCUAUUGGCAGGUACUGGAGGUGUCCAAUGCGGAGCUGCAUUUGUUCACCUUUAUUGCACAGUCUGUUUGAAAAGUAUUAUCUCUGGCUAUGUUAAAAAAAAUUUUCAUGCAGGCUGUGUGAGUCACAGCCAGGGGAGGUGUGGCUAGGACACAAACAGAAACAAAAAGUGAUUUAAUUUCUAAAUAGAGACUUGGGGGCGUAGUCUGACUGCCGACCGAGAUGGCCGCGUAGUCUGAGAGCUCCGUCUCCAUCCAUAGCAAUCCAAGCACAGGCAUCGAAACUCGUACAGCUACCCAGCAGCAGCAAAAAUGCACAGCAGAACCUCCAGAGCGAAAGCACCCCAAAAAAGGAAAGGUGAGCGGAGAGAAACAGCAAUGUCAGUAG